AUGUCCAGGCAAGACGAGAAUUCUGCUCUAUUGACGGAUAACACAAACAACCAUCCAUCAUAUACUGAAAGUCAGUAUGGAGGCCACGAUAGCUAUAAGGUUUCAAAAAAUCAGCUUUCCGAUCUUCAUAACCCUAAAUCAAUAGGAUCGUUUAUCAAACUAUUUGGCUAUGAAACUGACAGUUUUUUCAGAUAUUUGAAAACAGAUAAGAACGCAGGUAUUUCUCUUUCAGAAAAAGCCGAUUAUCGCCAGACAGACCGUUAUAAGAAUUAUGGUGAUAAUUCUCUUCCCGAAAGAAAACCAAAGUCUUUUUUACAGUUGGUAUGGGCUGCUUUCAAUGAUAAAACAAUGCAAUUGUUGUCGGUGGCAGCCGUUGUUUCUUUUGUCCUAGGUCUAUAUGAAUUGUGGGUGCAACCCCCACAGUAUGAUCCAGAAGGUAAUAAAAUCAAACAAGUUGACUGGAUAGAAGGUGUUGCCAUCAUGAUAGCGGUCCUUGUAGUAGUUCUAGUUAGUGCUGCCAACGAUUACCAAAAGGAGUUACAAUUUGCAAAACUAAAUAAAAAGAAGGAAGAUCGUAAAAUUAUAGUUAUUAGAAAUGAUCAAGAAAUACUAGUUUCCAUUCACCAUGUCUUAGUUGGUGAUGUCAUUUCAUUACAAACUGGUGAUGUUGUUCCCGCUGAUUGCGUUAUGAUAUCGGGAAAGUGCGAAGCAGAUGAAUCUUCCAUCACUGGUGAAUCGAACACAAUACAGAAAUUUCCGGUCGAUAACUCACUAAAAGAUUUCAAGAAAUUCAAUUCGAAUGAAGGCGACUUCCAGAACAAGCCAGUAGAUAUAGGUGACGUAACCGAAGAUGGUGACAAGGUUGCCGAUUGUAUGUUAAUCUCCGGUUCCAGAGUCUUAUCCGGUUUGGGUAGAGGUGUUAUCACUUCCGUAGGUAUAAAUUCGGUUUAUGGUCAAACUAUGACUUCGUUAAAUGCCGAGCCUGAAAGUACUCCAUUACAGUUGCAUCUGAGCCAGUUGGCUGACAACAUUUCCGUUUACGGUUGUGUGGCUGCUAUCAUCCUUUUCUUGGUCCUUUUCAUCAGAUACUUGUUUUAUAUAAUACCUGAGAAUGGUAGAUUCCAUGAUUUGGAUCCUGCUCAAAAGGGUUCCAAGUUUAUGAAUAUUUUCAUCACUUCCAUUACCGUUAUUGUAGUAGCUGUUCCAGAAGGUUUGCCAUUAGCAGUGACUUUAGCUUUAGCAUUUGCAACAACAAGGAUGACUCAAGAUGGAAAUUUAGUAAGGGUUUUGAGAAGCUGUGAAACUAUGGGAUCUGCUACUGCUAUAUGUUCUGAUAAAACUGGUACCUUAACAGAAAAUAUCAUGAGCGUCGUCCGUGGCUCCUUGGGUGAUUCUAAAUUUAAUGAUAGUAAGUCGUUGCCUGUAAGCGAACAAAAAAAGCUGAAUUCUAAGAAAGUCUUUGAAGAAAACUGUUCGUCAUCUUUAAGAAAUGAUCUACUAGCCAAUAUUGUUUUAAACUCCACGGCCUUUGAAAAUAGAGAUUUUAGAAGAAAGGAUCAUGAUAAAAAUAAUUCCAAUACAAAGGUCUCAAGAAGUUCCGGUUUCUCUAGCAGAUGGAAAUCUAGACUACCUUUUUUUAAGAAAACUAAGAAAAAUAAUGAUCAAGAUCAACUAUUCGAAAGCGUCAACAAAGGGAAACAAGAACCUUUUAUCGGCUCGAAAACUGAAACAGCGUUACUUAGUUUGGCAAGGUUAUCUUUAGGGUUACAAGCUGGAGAAUUACAGGAUUUGAGAGACCAACCAAUGAAAAAGUUUGACAUCGAGAAAAUUAUUCAAACGGUUCCAUUUGAGAGUUCUCGCAAAUGGGCUGGUUUAGUGGUAAAAUACAAGGAACGCGAAGGUAAAAAGUCAUUCUAUAGAUUUUUCAUUAAAGGUGCCGCCGAAAUUGUUUCCAAAAACUGUUCAUAUAGGAGGAAUUCUGAUGGUACCUUAAAGGAAAUCGAUGAAGAGAUUAGAAAACAAAUUGAUGGUGAAAUCAAAAAUCUUGCAUCUGAUGCUCUAAGAGCAAUUAGCAUUGCGCACAGAGACUUCUAUGAAUGUGAAAAUUGGCCUCCUGAGCAACUGCGCGAUAAGGACUCACCAAACAUGGCCGCGCAUGAUUUGUUAUUGAAUAAUCACACUAUUGAAAACGGUUUAAUUCUAGAUUGUUUACUCGGUAUUCAAGACCCAUUACGCGCCGGUGUCAAGGAGUCGGUUCAACAGUGCCAACGAGCUGGUGUAACUGUACGUAUGGUGACUGGCGACAACUUAUUAACAGCAAAAGCUAUUGCAAGAAAUUGUAGUAUUCUUUCUACUGAUAUUAACUCUGAAGCUUACUACGCCAUGGAAGGCACAGAGUUUAGGAAAUUAACAAAAAAUGAACGUAUAAGAAUCCUACCAAAUUUAAGAGUCCUGGCAAGGUCUUCACCAGAGGAUAAAAGGUUAUUGGUAGAAACGUUGAAAGGAAUGGGGGACGUUGUUGCAGUCACUGGUGAUGGUACAAACGAUGCUCCAGCUUUAAAAUUAGCCGAUGUAGGUUUUUCAAUGGGUAUUUCUGGUACGGAAGUUGCUAGAGAAGCCUCUGAUAUCAUUUUAAUGACGGAUGAUUUUUCUGCUAUUGUCAACGCCAUUAAAUGGGGUAGGUGUGUGUCAGUUUCCAUAAAAAAGUUCAUUCAGUUUCAGUUGAUUGUUAAUAUCACUGCAGUGAUUUUAACAUUUGUUUCUUCUGUUGCAUCCAGCGAUGAAACAUCGGUAUUGACGGCGGUACAACUAUUAUGGAUCAAUUUAAUCAUGGAUACUUUAGCAGCCUUAGCUUUAGCAACUGAUAAACCUGAUCCAAAUAUCAUGGACAGAAAACCUAAAGGUCGCUCAACAUCUUUGAUUUCUGUUUCAACUUGGAAGAUGAUUCUAUCACAAGCCACAUUGCAAUUAAUUGUUACUUUUAUUCUACAUUUUUAUGGACCAGAGUUAUUUUUUGACAAGCAUGAAGAUCAAAUAACGAAUCACCAACAGCAACAAUUAAACGCCAUGACAUUCAAUGCCUUUGUUUGGUUGCAAUUUUUCACCAUGUUAGUAUCGAGAAAGUUAGAUGAAGGUGAUGGUGUGUCAAAUUGGAGAGAAAGGAUUUCUGAGACCAAUUUAAAUUUUUUCCAAGACUUGGGUAGAAAUUAUUAUUUUCUCACAAUCAUGGCCAUUAUUGGUGGUUGUCAAGUCUUGAUAAUGUUUUUCGGCGGUGCUCCAUUUUCGAUUGCUAGACAAACGAAGUCAAUGUGGAUAACUGCUAUACUGUGUGGCAUGUUGUCCCUAAUCAUGGGUGUACUAGUAAGGAUGUGCCCCGACGAAAUAGCAUUGAAGGUAUUUCCAGCUGCUUUCAUUCACAAAUUUAAGUACGUAUUUGGACUUGAGUUCCUUAGGAAAAAACAUCUGGGAAAAAAUGACGAUGAAGAAGCACUAUUGAACGAAUCCGAUACUCCAGAAUCCACCGCCUUUUACUAA